ACAAACGACCAGCGCGCAGAGCAAAUCGAAGGCCGAUUUCGGGCGUCCCCGCACCACACGUGACCUCUCUCUCCUCUCCCCUCCUCUCCUCUCCUUGCCCGGCCUCGUCUCCUCUAGAAUCCGAGGUGAUCUCCUCCUCCUCCCAUAAAAUCAAAUCGGCUGCUCUGUUCGUCGUGUCCGGUCUCUAGAACAACAAAAUAGAAAUCUUUUUGGGCUAUUCCGUGCCGGGCAUGCGGUUCUUGCUCUGCUCCGCCGCCGCGCCGACGAUGCGCUGCGUCGCAUGUGAACAUGGGGCGCGUUCCUCGUAUUUCCUCUAAGGAGGAGAUAAAUAAAACCAAGUAAAAGGAGAGGCCCUGUUCUUGAGGCGAUUGCGGCCAGGAAAGCCAGCGGCGCUCUCGCUGCGUCCUCGGCGAUGAAGUACGUCUCCGGGCCGUACUUCGAGCCGGACUUCGAUCUGCUCCUCGACCGCUUCGGCACCCCCGGGGUUGUCGUCGACAAUGAGACGCGCGAGGACUGCACGCUCGUGAAGGUUGACAGCGUGAACCGGGAUGGCGUGCUGCUGGAGAUGGUGCAGCUGCUCACCGAUCUCGACCUCGUCAUCUCCAAGUCCUACAUCUCCUCCGACGGCGGCUGGCUCAUGGAUGUGUUCCAUGUGACGGACCAGAUCGGGCGCAAGCUGACCGACCCAUCGCUCCCCGAGUUCAUCCAGCGAGCACUCGUGCCGUUCCACCGGCCCGGCAAUGGCCCGUCGCCCAAGUUCACCACGUGCCUGGGCAACGUGGUCGGGCCGGGCGGCCCCGACGUGUCGGACUGCGCCACCCUCGAGUUCACGGUGCACGACCGGCCGGGGCUCCUGUCAUCCAUCACCUCCGUGCUCGUCGACAACGGCUGCCACGUCGCGUCCGGGCAGGCAUGGACGCACAACGGCCGCGCCGCGGGCGUGCUCUACGUGACGGCCACCGCGGACGGCACGACGCUGCACCCAAGCCGGUGGGUGCGCAUCGAGCGUCUGGUGAACGCCGUGGUGGACGCGCGCGAGAACGUGACAGGGGAGCGGCACUGGGUGUGCAUGUCGGAGCCCGUGCAGGGCCGCGUCCACACGGAGCGACGACUGCACCAGCUGAUGCACGACGACCGGGACUACGAAUCCGGGCCGGCCCCGACGCCCGUCGACGAGGAGCUCUUCAGCAUGGGAGAAAAGGCGACCACGGCCCGGACCGCCCGGCGCAUGGAGACGCGGGUGUCCAUCGACAGCUGGGAGGAGAGGGGCUACGCCGUCGUCAAGAUGACGAGCAGGGAUCGCCCCAGGCUGCUCUUCGACACGGUGUGCGCGCUCACCGACAUGCAGUACGUCGUCUUCCAUGCCACCGUCGGGUCCCAGGGGCCCCUUGCCAUUCAGGAAUAUUACAUCCGGCACAAGGACGGGCGCACGGUCGACAGCAACGCCGAGCGGCAGAAGGUCUCCCGGUGCCUCGUCGCCGCAGUGGAGCGGAGGGCCACUCAUGGCGUGAUGGUGGAGGUGCGUGCCGCCGACCGGUCGGGGUUGCUAUCGGACUUCACCAGGGUACUGCGGGAGCACGGCCUGUCGCUACUGAGGGUUGAACUCAAGAGGCACAACGACGAGGCCGUUGGGAUCUUUUACCUUGUCACGGACACUGGCGGCGAGGUGCGAGCUGAGGCAGUGCGCGCCGUGCAAGCGAGGGUAGGCGAGAUGGACAUCUCGCUCGACGUGCUCAAGGAGGCCCCUGGCUGGCCGCCGUUGAGGAAGACCAGCCUGCCGGCUCCGCCUGUCACCGGGCAGGCCCAGGAAAGGCCGAGACCUUCCCUGGGGAGCCUUCUGUGGUCACACCUAGGAAAGCUCUCAAAUAAUUUUGGCUACAUCCGGUCUUAACUCUUAAGACUUUUGGUCAGAACAAUUCACCUGUUGUUCUGCAUAGCCGCUUCCAUUGGUACCUCAAUUCCAGUUAUUCCCUGGAUCGAGGUAUCAAGUGUCGCAAUGACAGGAAGCAGUACAAUUGUGUAUAUAAAGUAUAUCAUGUUGUCAUUGCACAAAAAUUCUCGAGAUAUUGAAGAUCAUUCUGCUCU